CGUGUAUGGCGGCGUACAGUGUUCGAAGAGCAGACGAGAGGUUAAGUCACUAUAUGAGACGGGAGAAAUUAUUUUAUGACGGAUGACAACAUAUGCAGAUGUAUGAUUACACGAAUUAAAGUUUAAAGAGGAUACGUUCUUUCUGCAUAUUUUGAUUAUAUCAGCUGAGAUAUUACAACGUUAAAAGGCAUGAGUUGCCAAAGAGGGAAUGGUAAUCGAUCGAGGCGGCAGAAAUAUCAAAAUCACACGGCCUUCAAGAAUGACUUGCACGACAAGUCUCAGAAAACAAAGUCAAUUAAUAGUAUCGAAGUUGCCAAUGUGUGUGAACGCUGUAAGAAGAUAAUAGAAUGGAAAAUCAAGUACAAGAAAUACAAGGCGCUUAAAACUCCGGCAAAAUGUACAAAGUGUGAGCAGAAAGCUAUAAAGCAUUCUUAUCAUAUCAUGUGUUUGCCUUGUGCCAAGCAACGUGAAGUUUGCCCGAAAUGUGGACUGAACAGCGAAAUCGUGGAAGGAAAGCCUAGCAAAGAAGAACAAAUUAAAUUGGAUACGGAAUUUCAGACACUCCUGAAAACACUGCCGGAGAGAAAACGAAGAACAUUUUUACGUUACGUAAAUCAGAAAGACAAAAGCAAGAAGAAAGAUACCUCUGAAUCAGGUGCAGGUGAAAUUGAUGGCAAUGACACGAAUGAGGAUGCAACAAAUUCUAGAAGCAGAGAAGACUUAUUAACAAAACUUAAAUUGUUAUCUGUCAAAGAAGAGGAAGAUGAUGACAGCUUUGACAGUGACAUCGAUGAUGAUUUAGAUUCACUUACAUAGGGAGAAUUUUUUAAAAAUAAAUUUAACUAUAAUCUUCA